UAGUAAUGUCAUGUGAAUAAUAUUAUUAUGUCGCGCUCGUGUCGUGGUGAAUGGUGACGCGUUACUGAGAAGGAUGAACAGCGCUCAGCAUCAGAUGCGAUAAGUGAUGAAAAGUAUUCGAAAAACAUCACAAUAUGAUGCACAACAUGAUACAGUACCAAAGUAUGGUACGAAAAAAAAACCCUGAACUUGGUUAAGUCUGUAGGCAUCAGAUCACAUGGUCAUGAUGAGACUGGUAGUCUUUGUGAUGAUGGUCUGCAUGCUCCUGUUGGAUGUUUUAGUAGAAAGCACUGCACAAUUUGAUCCAUAUAAAGUUCUUGGAGUCACAAGAAGUGCAAGCCAAGCAGAAAUUAAGAAAGUGUACAAACGUCUGGCUAAAGAAUGGCAUCCAGACAAAAACAAAAAUCCAGAAGCAGAAGACACGUUUGUAAAGAUAACACAAUCUUAUGAGAUCUUGUCAAAUGAGGAGAAGAGAGACAGUUAUGAUCGGUACGGGACAGUGGAUAACACUCACUCUUACGCUCACCGUGGGUUUCGCCACUUUCACGACAACUUCUUCGAUGAAUCUUAUUUCCACUUUCCCUUCAAUAAUAAAGGUGGGCGGGACUCCGACAGCAAGUACACGUUACACUUCAACCAGUACGUCAAUGAAGUGGUGCCUGAGAGCUUCAAGAGGCCUUACUUGAUCAAGAUCACUUCAGAUUGGUGUUUAAGCUGCAUUCAUAUCGAACCAGUCUGGAAAGAAACUGUGGAGGAACUGGAAACUAUGGGGAUUGGAAUUGGUGUGGUUGAUGUUGGUUACGAACGGCGUCUAGCCAACCACCUGGGUGCACAUCAGACUCCAUCCAUCCUUGGUGUGGUCAAUGGCAAAGUGACUUUUUUCCAUUACGCUGUUGUGAAGGUGCACCUGAUGCAGUUUGUGGAAGACUUGCUCCCACAAAGGCUGGUGGAGAAAGUUACAGACAAAAACAACCAAGAGUUUCUAAACAGCUGGCAUGAGCUGAACAAGCCACACGUUCUUCUGUUUGACCAAGUGCCUUCAGUUCCUCUUCUUUAUAAGCUCACAGCAUUUGCCUAUAAGGAUUAUGUGCAGUUUGGAUAUGUGGAUCAGGGACUGUCGGAAACUGCUGACCUGCUUAGAAGGUUCAACCUAAACACGUAUGCGCCGACUAUGCUUGUUUUCAAAGAGGACGUAGAAAAGCCUGCAGAUAUUAUACAGGCUAAAGGGAUGAAAAAACAGAUAAUAGACGAGUUCAUCACCAACAACAAGUUCCUCCUAGCACCUCGACUGGUCAACCAGAAGCUGUUCGAUGAGCUUUGUCCUGUCAAACAGUUCCAUCGACGCAGGAAAUAUUGUGUUCUUCUUAUCACUGGUGAGGAAGAUUCCUUUACCUCAGGAAAUGAAGCCUUCCUCUCUUUAGCAUCUCUCAACACCAAUGACAUCCUGCGGUUCGCUUAUGUAUACCAACGACAUCAGCAGGCACUAUGUGACGUUCUCUUGAAGAACAAUGAUGGCUCAUCACAGGUACUGAUUCUGGAGAGGCGUAACAGUGCUGGUAAAGUUUUGUAUAAACCGGUUCUGGGUGGAUGGAACGGCACUGAAGAAGACAAACAUAAGCUAUUGGAGGAACUGGAAAGACUGCAGAAAGAUCCGUCCAUACUCAACUAUGAUGCCAUUCUGCCAGAGCUUAACAACGAAUUUGCUUCUAUGUUUAUAUUCAGAUGGAUUUACGCAGCAUGUGACUACUUGUCUGAAAUUAUUGAUGAUCUUCUUCACAAUAACUGGCGUGAGAUGAUGCCUCUUCUGUCUUUGAUCUUCUCUGCACUCUUCAUUUUAUUUGGCACUGUGAUCAUGCAGGCUGUUAGCGAUUCAAGCGAAGAAAAACAGCCAACAUCAAAAGCUAAAGAUGCAUUGAAGACCGAGAACGGUUCACCAAGUAGCUCCAACACAUCCAGCAGUCGGCAGCCGAAGAAGAACUUUGUGGAAGUGACGGAGUUAACCGAUAUCACGUACACCAGUAACCUGGUGAAGUUGAGGCCGGGUCAUAUCAAUGUGGUUCUGGUCCUUACCGAUGCCACGAAGAACAUCUUGCUCAGCAAGUUUGCCAAAGAGGUUUAUUCAUUCACUGGGAGCCUGACACUACACUUUUCUUUCCUGAAUGUUGAUAAACACAGUGAAUGGAUGGUAGCCGUGCUGGAGUACGCCCAGGAUGCCAUGCAGAUCGACAGUGACGAAGACGAUUUAAGCACCCGCAAAAUAGACUACACCGGCUACGUUCUGGCCCUCAACGGCCACAAGAAAUACCUGUGUCUUUUUAAACCAGUCUACACCGGCGAGGACGUGGAAAGUAAACCGGAAGAGGAAGGAGGAGCCUCCAGGUCUAGAAAGGGUAUGACGCGUUCGCGCUCAACAACUCUUCAGAUCCAUCACAAAUUAGAUCGACUCGGGCUUUGGAUGGAGCGAUUGAUGGAAGGGACGCUGCCACGGUAUUACGUUCCAGCCUGGCCCGGUCUGGAUAAGAUUACUGUUAAUAAAUAAAGCAUGGGGGAGCUGGUGAGCUUUUGCUGGAGCUUAUAGCUUUUCUGGUUUUAAAGUGAGACAAGGCUUAAUGCACCUGAGAGUACACAAGGCGUAAAUGUACAAAGAUUUUGCAGAAUGGAGAGAUUAAGGGUUGAAGAAGGAAACUGUCAUUUAGAAUGAAUGGCAUUUGUUGCACUUGAAUCGACUAUGACACUGUUUUUCACUUCAUGAAGAUAUUUGGCCUAAUUUAUUCAAUGGCCUAUGUAGCUUUUCUUGCUAUAAACUAUGCCAUUCAUUGAGAGUGAAUAUGAAGAGCUUGGAUGCAAAACCCUCUAAGUGCAUCUUUCUUGUUCUUGAGUAUUUUAGAUUAUCAGGCUCUUACACCGCAAAAAAAUUAUUUUCAAGAAAAAAAUGUCUUAGUAUAUGUGACUUGUUUUCAGUAAAAAUAUCUAAAAAUUCUUAAAUUAAGAUGCUUUUCUUGAUGACAAAACCCAAGAAAAUAAGUCUAGUUUUUAGACCAAAAAUAUCAAAUUUAAGUGAUUUUGUGCAUAAAACAAGCCCUAAAUUCCCUAAACCCUAAAUUCAAGAAAAAUUUGCUUACCCCAUUGGGUGAUUUUUUUGCUUGUUUUAUACACAAAUUCACUUAAAUUUGAUACAUUUUGUCUAAAAACUAGACUUAUUUUCUUGGGCCAUUUUGCUCAUGAAGAAAAAACAAUUUCUUGGGUCGUUUUUAGUAUUUUUGUCUUGUU